AUGGUGCAAGAUUUCUUCACAAAUCUACCAACAGAAAUCACAACCGACAUCCUCUCACGCCUCUCUAUCCGAAGCUAUGCAAUAAGCAAGUCCGUUUGCAAAGCAUGGCUCAAUCUGCUCGAUUCCGACGAUUUCGACAAGUCGAAACUCAAAACCCCGCCCGCCCUAGUUCGCUUUAAUUUUACAAAGAGGAACUCAACUCGGUGCACAAUUUUCGAAAUUGAAGACGAAGAUGAAGCCGAUUUGGAGAGCCAUGAUCGUCACUACAAUCGUCUCACGGAUUUGGAGAUCCCUCACAGAAACAUAACAUCAAUGGAAUGUGUAGCUGCUAAUGGAUUGCUUCUUCUGUACUCACCAUCACCACAAUAUAUUCCUCAUGUAUGCAAUCUCAUCACUCGUGAAUAUACCGAGCUCAGCUACCCUGAGGACUACAUUCCGUAUCGAUUGUUGCAACUUGGAUUCGGUGUGAGCAAAAUAAGUGGGCAAUAUAAGGUGGUUUGGAUCAAUCCGGAAACGGGUUCCGACUUUCAUUGUGUAUAUACCCUCGGAACAGGCACAUGGAGGCGCGUUCAAGCCGGAGCUGCUUCUGGUUUCCAAUUCUGUGGUCACCCCAUUUUAUGUAAUGACAACCUCCAUUGGCAAGUACUCCUAUAUGAUUCGACGAAUUUCAUAUGGGCUUUUUGUGGUUUUGACGUUGAAACGGAAUGUUUUAGCAUAUUCCCUUUCCCCUUCCCUAUGGGAGAUGGAUCGGGGUAUUUAUCUGUUUUGAGGGACUAUCUGUGUUAUUCUUGCUAUGCACACGAUGAUGAAAUUGUCAACGGUGAAAUUGUCAUCUGGAUGAUGAAGGAAUACCUAGUCGUUGAAUCUUGGACCAUAGAAUACAAGAUAAGUAUUAAUGAAUUAGAUUUAUCUUUUUGCAGGCGUUAUGUAUUUGUAGAAGCAAUUAAACUUUUUAGAGAUGGUGAUGUUUUGAUGUUGGUGGACCGUUCUAUUCUAGUCUACUACUCCAAUAAGACAAGAACUCUUCAACAAUUCGAUAAGUAUCAGGAUGCAGAUGCGAAGGUGUACAAUACCGCCGUGAUUUUUUAUCCUAGCCUUCUCUCUCUCAAGAAUUUCGGAUUCGAGAAUGUGAUCUCGCUGUAG